AUGGAUGCCUUGAAACUGUUAUCCCGGUCUACAGGCCUGAAAACAAAGAUUUCAAAACCAUCGCCCCAAAAUGUCCCGUCCGCUUCAGGACAUAUACCCAGCGAGAAUGGAUCAGACUCUACAGUGGGCCGCAAGCGCAAGCGAGACAGCAAAGACUCAGACGACGGCGACUCUUCCGUGACCUUGUCGCAUCUGCUCACGGAAGAAGAGGUACGACAGUUCCAGAAGAAGCACAAAAUCAAGAUCGUCGACUUGAAGCUUUUCCGGGCAGCGAGCAAGUCUACAGAUUCCCGAAAAUCUCAGAAGGAACAGUCGCGCAUUUUCCCACAACCACUUACUUCCUUUGGCCAACUUGGCCAGCAGUACAACAUCAAUUCAGCUCUGGCAGGCAACAUUGCACAGCAGGCAUAUUUUGAGCCUACCGAGGUCCAGGCUGCCACAUUGCCGUUACUGCUGAAGCCUUUGCUCGAGGAAGGCCAACAGGAACCGGAUCUGUUGACCAUUGCACCGACAGGCAGUGGAAAAACACUUGCAUUUCUGAUUCCUUUGAUCGAGAAAACCUCCCGAGCCCAUCGGCAACGACGGGACCAAGCAGAGAAACAUGUCAGCUCGAUCAUUCUCGCGCCUACAAAGGAACUGGUUUCGCAAAUAGUCAAUGAGGGCCGGAAGCUAUGUUCCAAGACUGGAGUGAGUAUCACGGCCAUGCGCAAGGGGAUGGAGCUGUGGGAAGGACACGCUGUGGAAGCCGAGAGUCAAUCUGAUGUUGAUGAAGAUGUCGAGCAUAACAGCGACCUCGAGAAGGACCACAAUCCCAGCCGUCUAGUCAAAGCCGAUAUUCUCGUCUCUACCCCUCUGAGCUUGGUCCAUGCCCUAUGUCCAGCAUGGGAAGAAGACCAAACCAAGCCGCCGAAUCCUUUACCGCACAUUGAAACCCUUAUUUUGGACGAAGCCGAUGUUCUUCUUGAUCCCCUCUUCCGCGCUCAGACCCUGGCUGUCUGGGCAGCAUGCACAUCUCCCUCAUUACAGAUCAGUUUGUGGUCCGCAACCAUCGGAUCGAGCAUCGAAGAGCUUGCAAUCUCAACCAUAUACCAGCGGCAGAAACGGCUCAAAAUCCCCCGCAGUCAGCGUCCACAGCUGCUGCGGACCAUCAUCGGCCUGAAAGAUACGAGCUUGCCAUCGAUCUCUCAUCGCUUGACAUACACUGCCACCGAGUCUGGCAAGUUACUGGGUAUGAGACAAUUGCUGCACCCGACACGGGCGACAUCCUCAUCCAAAGGCGAUGCAGACGCAGCACCCCCUCCUCGGACCCCCUUCCUCGUCUUUACCCAGACGAUAGCUCGAGCACAGUCACUGUACGAUGAACUUCAAUACGACAUACCGGCCCCUGCGGGUGGUUCUUCGCGCAUAGCCGUCCUCCAUUCAUCCUUACCCGACCACGUCCGGUCCUCUAUCAUGCAGAAGUUUCGGGAAGGUAAAAUAUGGGUAUUGAUUACUACUGACUUGCUCUCUCGAGGGGUGGAUUUCCGAGGGGUGAACGUGGUUGUAAACUACGACAUUCCCACCACAGUGGCCGGUUAUGUCCAUCGUGCUGGAAGAACUGGCAGAGCUGGAAGACGAGGAGGUGUCUGUGUCAGCUUCUACACCAAGGAGGAUAUUCAGUACGUCAAAGGGAUUGCCAAUGUCAUUGCAGCCAGCGAAAAGGCGCAGGCCAGCUCCGCAAAUCGCCAUGAAAAUGGCGACAGUGCUGCAGCAUCCUUACCCGCAGGAGGUAUUCAACCUUGGCUGUUACAUGCACUCCCGGACGUGUCCAAGACCGCCAAAAAGGACCUGAAACUCCAUGGCGUGCAAUCUCGACGAGCCAUCCAUGCGGACGACGACGAGAAAACCCGACGAAUGAAGCGAAAGGCUCGAAUCGGAACGCAAAGCGGGUACGAGAAACGGGAAGUCAAUAGGAAGCGUGCCGCCGUCCAAGCCAGUCUCUCAAGAAGAACCGCUCCCCAGGAGAGAGACACGGGAGCAGAAUGGGGAGGAUUUGAUUGA